AUGGUGGAUCUUGAGCCCACCGUGGUGGACGAGGUCCGCACCGGUACAUACCGCCAGCUCUUCCACCCCGAGCAGCUCAUCUCCGGCAAGGAGGACGCGGCCAAUAACUUUGCGCGCGGGCACUACACGAUCGGCAAGGAGAUCGUCGACCUGGUCUUGGACCGCAUUCGGAAGCUCGCCGAUAACUGCACGGGGCUCCAGGGGUUCAUGAUCUACAACGCCGUCGGCGGAGGCACCGGGUCUGGGCUGGGCUGCCUGAUGCUGGAGCGCUUGUCGGUGGACUAUGGCAAGAAGACGAAGGUCUCGUACACGGUGUGGGCGUGCCCGCAGGUCGCCACGGCGGUGGUGGAGCCGUACAACACCGUGCUGUGCGUGCACUCUUUGCUGGAGCACACGGACGCGUUGUACGACAUUUGCAGGCGGAACCUCGACAUCGAACGCCCCACGUACACAAACUUGAACAGACUUCUGGCCCAAAUCAUAUCCUCGUUGACCGCAUCGCUGCGCUUUGACGGCGCGCUCAACGUGGACAUCACGGAAUUCCAGACGAACCUCGUGCCAUACCCGCGCAUUCAUUUCAUGCUGUCGAGCUACGCGCCGGUGAUCUCUGCAGAAAAAGCCUACCACGAGCAGCUCUCUGUGGCCGAAAUCACCAUGUCCGUGUUUGAGCCUUCGGCCAUGUUUGUCAAGUGCGACCCCCGCCACGGCAAAUACAUGGCUUGCUGCAUGAUGUACAGAGGCGACGUGGUGCCCAAGGACGUGAACGCAUCAGUGGCAACAAUCAAAACGAAGCGUACUAUUCAGUUUGUGGAUUGGUGCCCUACUGGGUUCAAGGUCGGCAUCAACUACCAGCCGCCCACCGUGGUACCUGGUGGUGAUUUGGCUAAGGUGAUGCGCGCGUGCUGUAUGAUCAGCAAUUCCACGGCCAUUGCGGAGGUGUUCUCACGCAUCGACCACAAGUUCGACCUCAUGUACUCCAAGCGCGCGUUCGUCCACUGGUACGUCGGCGAGGGCAUGGAGGAGGGCGAGUUCUCAGAGGCCCGCGAGGAUCUGGCUGCGCUGGAGAAGGACUACGAGGAGGUCGGCAUCGAGACCGCCGAGGGGGAGGGCGAGGAGGAGGGCUACGGCGACGAGUUCUGA